AUGAAAUGUAAUAAUCAUUAAUAGAUAAGUACCUCAUAGUUUUUUAGCGCAAUAUAUAAAAUGUAAUCAAUUGCCAGAAAAUAUUUAAGAAUUGUUAAUUCCGAAUUGUUAAAUGUCAAUGUCAACUGUCAAAAGUAGAAAUGGUUUCGAUAUUUCGUUCGGUUUCAAUAAAAUGUGAAAAUACAACAUUAUUUUGUUAAAUUUGCAUUACACAAGCGUUUAAUGUAAUCCGAGUAUCAGUAUAAAAUAUAUUCUUUCAACCAUGGCAGACGGACAAAACGGUUUAAAUAAUGAGUACGAGAUGCUGAAGGCCAUGUUUGACUUUGAAGCGACAUUGGCUAAAACACUUAGUUUCUCCGAAGGCGAAUUUUUUUACUUGCAACAGACUAACACUAAACAGCGUAACUGGUGGCAUGUUGUUAAUAAAAAAGGUCAAGUCGGAUUCGUACCCUCUAAUUACGUGGCUACAGUCAAGGUGGAGCCGGAGUACUUUUUGUCGUUUCUGAACGAUUGCAUUCAAAAUUUAAGUGAAAACAAUGCAAUGUCGCAAAAACAAGAAUUAUUGAUUAGAUUGAAUGAGAAGAGGAAACAAGUUCAGAUGUCUAUAAAACCACCAAGUAAGAAGCCUCCCGCUCCAAAACCACCACCGCGUCUUGAUGACAGCACACCACCGAAUGGUGUGUCACCCUCGUUUGAUCUCAGGCCAAUAGUGUCACGGCAGCAUAUCUCUGAAGAACGGGAAGUAAUGCAAUCUCCAUCAAAAUCAGCCAAUAAAACUGCUCUUAGAGAAAAUUGUGAAGUUCAACAAAAAUUGCCCAUUGGUAAGACCUCUAAUCAGCUGUCAUCGGAUACUGAUAACCAAGAUGACAGCCAGGACAGUAGUGAAAGCAUCAAGCCAAAUGCUAUUUAUGAAAUUGUGCAAGCUGUGCGUAAAGAAACACAGCUCAGCCAUGACAUGUCUAAAGUUGCCGUUGAAACUGUGCUGAUCUCUUUGAGAGAGUUUCUCCCUGGAGGUGCUGCAAGGUCCAUAAUAGACGCUCUUCUUCGUGAAGCAAAUAGUAACAUAACUUGCCCUAAAAACGCGAUAGACGCGGCCCCCGAUGCACUGCGAAUGAUGACGGCUCUCAACGCCCUCUCCAAAGCAGCUAAUGACGCACAACAGAGGGGCUGGGCUUUACACGACGAUGCCCAUGAUAUACAAACACAGUUGCUUGAGCUCAUCUCUGUGAUGUCCAAUGCUGAUGUCAACAUCUGUCAGCAUGUAUUGAGCAGCCAUCGCUAUGCUUAUGUCACGACCUUAGUGCAAUAUUAUCAAAUGGAGACCAGGUGGCCAUUACGUCAAUUGCUGUUACAGGCGUUUGGCGUAAUGUGCGGAUUAGAACGUACAGCUCUAGCGACUUUGGCUCUGUCAGCCCUGCCAGCAGAAAUCGCCAGAGAUAUGCGUGACAACCCUCGCGCGGUCAGUCGUCUCUCCCACUCGGCUCUACUGCUAUCUAUGGUUUUGUCUAUGGGAGACAAGCUGCCUGUUACUCAUUUCGAACAACUUGGCAUAGAGUUUGCCCAAUUUCUCUUAGAAUUGUUGGAAAAUCCACCAGAGACGGAUGUUGACGAACAAAUACCAGACCUUUUCUUAACUUUACUGCUGGCCUACAAUCUACAAUUCGAGAAUCCCUUCGACAAUAUCCUGCUAAAUGCUUUAGAAACGAGGGAUAUAGCAAAAACGUUUUGCGAGAAAAUUUUGUUGCUGCUAAAUCGUGAAGAGGAUCCAGUGCACAUCUUCGAUCACGAACCAGCGCCUGCGCAUUCGGUACUCAAACUAGUGAUUGAUUUGUUCAGUCGAAAGAAAACCGCUGAACAUUUUUACACUAACGAUGUGAAAGUCGCGAUCGAUAUUAUCGUGAGGCAGCUUGCCGACCUUUCGCCCGGAGAUACGAGACGGCAACAAUACCUGAAGAUAUUGCAAGGCAUCAUCCGCAACACGGAGUACGGCGCGCACCUGCACCGGCGCGACGACCUGCUGCGCUGCUUCGCGCGCAUCUUCUGCGAGGAGAGCGACGGCAGCCGCGACGACCAGGCGCUGGUCAGGGCCAUCUCCAACGAGUUCCCGCAGUACUUCAAGGCUUAGGUAUUAAUUGCAACUGCGGGUAAGGUAUUUGAAGUCUGUUACGGAAAAUAUGAAUACGUAGACUUGUUAAGUGUAUUCCUUACAACAAAUUCCAUUGGAUGGUGUCCUCUGGCGAUAUCAGCCGAAGUGACCUGCCAUGCUGUCUAUGAUCAGGUCAGGAAAUAUGAAGCCCCAAGAUGCUAACUAAAGCCUACUUAUGUACACAUCGUCUCACGAUGAAGUGUAAGUAUAUUUUUUCGUUGGAUUGUCAAACGAGACCAACAGAUUUUGGUUAUCAAUCUAGCAAGAAGUCAGCAGAGUCUAUUAAACAAUCAUUACUGUUUUUUGGGAAAACUGAGAUACCAGCAUGAGAAAUGAUGUCCUUUUACAUAAAAUAUGUAACACAUUUAUCUUUGCAUUUUUUUCAAUAUUUCAUAUAUAUAUGUCCCACACCACGGGAAAAUAUUACAUUGUUUACAAUGAGUAAAAAGAGGUAUUCUAUGGGUCAUCAUUACAUCCCUAAAUCGAUAGAGAUUAGUGAAUAAUCGAAUUCUUGAAUGUAUUAUUAAAAUUGUUAAAGCAAUAUAUUUUCAUUAUAUUCUGAUGGCUCUAACUUGGUGCAAAUUUAUCUAUUUAAAAUGUGUUUAUGAAAUAAUAUCUAGUUAUAUUUAAGAAUCCGUCACACCAAAAUCAAAACUAAACAUUUUUUUUUUUAAUUAUGUAUAUUAAAAAAUAAAUCGCAAAAAUGUUAUUCAUAUUCAGUGGCACAAGGGUAGCCCAAUUAGGGUAUUAGUUUAUAGAAUAAAGAGUGAAAUUCAUGGCUAAAGAUCUCUAUGUAAACUUGUGAUUGAUUGCGAGUGUAUCUAUAAAAUGCAAUUUUAUUUUAGUAGAAUAGUUGGUGAAAGUGACAAAAUAAAAUUGUGAAAUUUACCACCACUCAUAUCUUAGGUGUAGCAUUUAAUUUUAUUAGUUUGCAGCUGAUUUAUUAUAUUCCUAGUUUUAAGCUAUGGCACAUUUUUAAAUAUUACAAAUACAUGUGCAUGGUAGAUUUCGAUUAAAUGUAUUCUCCAGUGAAUAUUUAAUUAUCAAAUUAUUACAUCUCUAAAUAUAUAAAGAUGCAUGAUAAUAGAUUAUAUUAAUACUAUGUCGAUACUGCGAUCCAGUUUCGUCACCAAUACUAUCUCUUAAUAUAAGAACUCAUUAGUUCUUUGAAUUGUAAAAUCUGCAUGAAAUGACCACCUUAUUAGAGGCAAACAUGUUUAAAAGUUUAGUAUUUUGUCUCUUUAACUAUUAAAUCAUUUAAUGCAAGUGACUAGAAAUAUUAAGAAAUAUAAAAAAAAGUAUGCCUUUAAAUCUUAUAUGAAAAUAGUUUGAUUAUUGAAGCUAUAGUAGUUCCCUAAAAAUCACGAAACUAUCGCACUAAUGUAAAACAUUGUUUGUGCCAUAUUUAUUUGUACCAAAGAUUAUUUUAUAUUUUUUUGUAAUCAGAAACGUCUUGUUUAGUAAUCAGUCAAUUAAUCUGCUUUAAAAAUCUCCGAUCCAGCAUCUCACGCAUUUAUUUACAUUCCUCGUUAAAACACUAUCAGUAUUAGACGGCCUAAAUUUGCUUUUGCAGUGUAGUGUUGCGUAAAUAUUAUUUUUCUGAAAGGGAAAAAUAGCUAGAAACUAAACUCGAGUAUAUUAACGUGGCUUACACGGUAAAAGCCGCGUUUUAUCGCAGCUAGAAAAUAGUAAUUUUAUUCGUUCAAGACUUGUUUGUGCUUUGUAGAUAUCAGACACGAUUUGUUAAUGAUUUCCUCGCAUAAAUACAUUGUAAACGCACAAUGAUUUUGACUUACCUCUUAAUUCAUUGUUUACGCGAAUGUUAGACAUUAAAAUUAAACAAUUUUUUCGGAUUUAUAUUUUAAUUUUCUCACGACGUUACGAAGACUUUGCAACCUUCGUAGUCACAGGGCGGAUUCUCAAAACGCGAUAAAAUCCGAAAAAUAAUUUAAUUUUAAAUACCUUUUUAUAUUUUGCAUAAAGUCUGAAAUUCAUCUUUUUCACGACUUGUCGUUCUUCGUGCAAUGAUAUUAAUGCAUAAUAAAAAUAUAGAAUACACGUAAUGCAAUUUUUUGUAUUCCUUAUUUAAUAGUAAAAUUAAUUCAUAAACCUGCAUAAUGCUCUCUUAUUAAUAUAGAUUGGACGAUUGAUGUCAUAGUUGUAUUUAGUCCCGUAUGUAUUGCUUGAAUCAAUUAAUUACAAUAUGCCGUUAUUGUCAGACAAGUAAUUAAUCGAGUGUGCACUGCAGCGAAAUAUGAUGCUACAUUUGGCCUAAUUUCAGUAUUCUGAAUUAAUAUGAAAUGGAGACGUACUUAUUAAAACAGAUGCAAUAUUUUUGCUAGUCGACGUUGAUUAUACUCAGAGAAUAUAAAAAUAUUGUAGUUUAUUGAAAAUUAGUGGAUAUUUUUUUAAAGUUUAAAACCAUCUCACGAUGUGACCGAUUUAUUACACUUGUAGCUGUGAAUCUUCAUAAAUUGUAGUUUUGUGUAGAUAUAAUAAAUUCUCGAUAGACACAUGUUAAUAGUCAUAUACAUAAUUAUAUAAUGUUUCAUCCAAAAUUAUUGAUGAUUGCUUGUAGUCUAUUCCCAUGUUACUCAUCGACCAAUUCUCAAAGUGUAUAGAUAAAAGUAAAUUCUUAAAAAUUAUAAUAUUAUUCAUCUUUGACAUUUUAAAUGUUCUUAAAUGUAUCUACAAUAGUGUAAUUAUAGUCCGAAAUCAUAUUUAAAAAUCGAUCUUUACUGAUACUAAUUGUCUGUUCAACUUUAAAGUGAUAAAAAUAAUAUCGAAAAAAAAAUAUUUAUAAAAUCAGAACAAUCUAGAAAUAUGAAGUAGAUAUUUUUAUUACUUUAAUGUUUCUUUAAACACAUUAAAAAUUAAAUGUAUGUAAAUACACAAAAUUAGCAAGUUCACGAAAUUUACAAUCAAUAAAUAUGUACUUAUUAAAAUUGUUAUUAAUCAUAUUUCAAUAUUUGAAAGUUAUUCAUUGAGAUAUAUCAUAUAAGAAAUUAAAUAUAAUAUUAUAACACUGUUGGCCUAAAAUUUACAAAUGUGCAACAGAUUUUCGUUACUCUUUCUUUGAAAAGGUGCUCAAAAUUGCAGCCAAAUUGUAAUGAUAUAUUAUUUAAAUGUUUGUCCGUAGUCUUUAUUAUGAUAUUGUGUAGUUAUUGUAUAAUACUGCGAUGAAUAUUUUGAAUGACAGUUUUACAUCGACGCAUCGUUCAAUAUUUUACUUGAUAUGUUACUGGUAAUGUGACCUACGAAUGUCGAUUGCCUAGGUGGCAUAGUUGUAAUGCGGACGCGGUAUGAGUACGACUACGGUGCUUUGGUCCUGGGUAUAUAAUUGUGGUAAAAUAAGGUAUAAUAGGGUAUUUGACUUAGUUUUAUUUAUAACUUUUAUAAAAUAUGUUCGUCGUAUAAAUUGUAAAACAGAAGAAUUCAUUGAAAUUAUAAAGUAGGAGUGAGUGUCAAAAACGAAAAGGGGACGAAAUACUUGCAUGUGACGUCAUCGGGAAUUACGAUGCGUGCGAAAGAAAGAGAUGGAGCGACAUCCCCACUUCGCGCCCACUUCGGCACGUAGCAAUAUUUGAAAUAACUGCCUCAUUUAUUAUUGAAUUUUAAUUCUGUUUUCACUGCAGGACAAAUUUUUGUACGAAUUGCUGUUACAUAAUAAAAAUGUACAAAACCAAACACAGUCAAAUACGUUAUUGCAACUGGGUUUUUCCAUUUUAAAAAUUACUCAGUCGCAGCUCCGAGUCAGGAAGUUGGUGGUGUGAUACCGAAGUCAACGGCAACAUGAGGCCUAAUUUCCAUCCCAUGCUGCCGUCCAUCCCGAGGAUCACCACAGUGUGUGAAAUAUGUACAACGUACACUAAGGAACCCCUCAAUGACCCUUAUUAGUCGCCUCUUACUACAGGCAGGGGAUACGGUGGUGGAAUUCCCUAAAUGCCUCCAAUUCAUAGGGCAGUUGCCUGAUUCAGUCUAACCUAACUUCACAUCAAGGGUGUAUCUAGUUUCCACAAUUUCACUCUGGUGGACAGUUGUCCUUAUUGUAUACGUCAAUGGGAUUACAGAAAAUUUAAAUUAUUUAAAUGAAGCUUCAUGGUUCAUCGGGUAUGUUAUGGUCAUAAAAUAAUAUUGUGCGCAUUAACAGUAACAUACAUAUCAAUUUUGGAAAAAUAUUAUUUGAGCAUAUUUUGUUUGUAGAUUAUAAUUGAAAUUAUUUAGACAUGGACUGUUUUAGAUAUUUUCCCAAAAUAAUCGAAGAUUUUAUUUAGGUAUGUAGUAUAUUUAAGUCUGUAGUUUGUCGCAAUUUUUACAAUAGCAGUUAUGAAGUGUGUGUUUAAAUAUUUCUUAAUGAAAUUGCCUUUAUUAUUGAUAAUUAUUAUGCUUUUAGCUAGUGACAGGCGGUGAUUUUCCUUGUUUAAUUCGAUCGAAAGUAGACUUAAAUACCAUAAAAAUGUGGUUUAUAUUGUAUACGUAUAUAAAACUGCUACUGUGCGAUAUUCAUAUUAAAGUUGAAUUAGAAAGCUCUUUUCAACAGUAACAAGGGUGAAUGAGACAAAAAUUUUAAGGAAUAUGCAUUAAAUUGUGUCCAAUUCUAUACAAAAAAUGUUUUGUGAGAGACAGUAUUUACUUUAACCCAGUUACUGCUACACCACAGAACAUCUCACAGAAAAUCAGUCUGUCACUUAUGCUAUUUAUACUCUUUAGAAUGAAGGUUGUCAAAAUAUUUAAUAAAGAUAAUAUCAAUAUACCAUUA